AUGAGAUACUUAGGGAAGGGUAAAAGAGCAACGAAAAAAGUAAUCUAAAAUUACUUUGCUGUGAAUGAAGGAGACAAUGGCUUAGAGUCUGUAGAUGAUGAGAAUAAGUCUAUCGAAAAGGAGAUUUAUGAGUAUAAUGAAGAAGAUGAAGAGGAAGAUUAAGACGAAGAUGAAUAGGAUGAGGAUGAUUAUGAUGAUGAAGAUGAGGGUGAAGAUUAAGAUGAUUAAGAGGAAGAAGAUGAAGAAAAUUGCGAUGGCUAAGAAGAGGAAGAAAACUAGGAGGAUUGUGAGAAAGAUGACGAUCAGUCUGAUGGCAAUAUUAUGCUGGAUGACAUUGAUAAAAUGGUUACAGCACAAAUUAAUAAUAGAAAGAAAUACCUGAAAACAUAAAAAGCGGAGGAAGGAAAAGAAUAAAUUGUGAAAGGUUAAAAGGCUGAAGAAUCUCGAAUUCAUGGCGAUUAAUACGCCUAAGAGAGUCGUCUGGAUAAAGAGGACUACGAGUUAUUUAAAAGCAUGCAAGAAAAUUAUGAGAAACAUGAAUCUGAGAAUAAAUUAAAAGAUGACUUUGUUAAAAUUGAGAAUAUUGAGUUUAAUGAUCAAUUUCAGGAUGAUUUAGUAUUUGAGGAUAUGUUGGUGCCUCGAAAACCUUCAUUUGUAGAAAUUGUUGGUAAAAGGAGUGGUAAUGCUUAUUUUGAAAUUGAUAUAAAAAAGGAAAUUGAAUAUGGAGAUUUAAUCAUAUCAGAUAUGCCAAUGAAACCAAACUCAACUCAAAAGACUGAUACAAGUAGCAGACCAAUCCAAGAAGUUAAAUAAGAAUAGAAUGCUGAUAGUAAAGCAUCAGGAUUCUCAAUAAGUAGCAUGUUCCCAUUCUUAGAUUAUUAAGACUUUAAAUAACCAUCAAGGAGCAUCUCAAAAGAUUAAGGGAAACAAAUUUCGAAGGCAAAAAUUGAUAAAGAAUUCUCAGCUAGAGAUAUUUAAAAGGCAGAGAGGGAUAGAGAAAGAUUGACCCGAGAACAUAUAAUAAAUUAAGAAGAAAGCCCUUUCUUUUUUGAGGAGAGUAGUGUAUUCCUCAGAGAUUUCGCUAAAAGGUAUAAUUCAAUCGAUAAAUUAUCUGAUAGCUUUAGAUCAGAAGGAUUGUUUCCUCGAAGAACAUCAAGAGAGCAUAUUUAAGAAAGGCUUUCAAAAAUGAAAUCUCCUGAUGAUUCACUUCGAUAAAAUGCUUCAAUUUACAGAAAUGGCUUCCUUCCUAGGCACUCUGGAAUCAGCAAUGAAUCUGAAAAUUAAAGGAAAAGAGAAGUCAAAGAGCAAAGAAAGAUAAAAGAGAGAGAAAGUAAGCUAAGAAUUCUAAAAGCUCACUAUUUGAAUGAUGACAAUAAACUGAAGGUUGAUAGUCUCCACUAGGACUCUACCCUUUCAAAGAUUAAGACUAAACUUCUGGAAUAUAAUAAUAGCAAGACUAAAGUUUCUCAAAAUAAGCUUAAUUUUAUAGUAGAUGGCUUGUGCGCCUAAAAAUAGCUAACUAAAGCUGAAAGAGAAAAAGAAUUAAAAUAAAACAAAGAUCAAAUCCAGAUAAUUUAAAAGAAAUUCAAUCUUACUCCAGAAGAAGCCGAAAAAUCUCUUCUUCUGAAAAAAGAGAUAGAAAUGAUGCAUAAUGUCAUAUAAGAUAUAAGAAAGCAGGGUUAGUCUAAAAAUCAGAAUUAUGAGAAGGACGAUAUGCUAUAAAAUGUUGAAUAAUUCAUCCAGAAAUUAAAGAGCAAAUCGAAAGUAAAGAAAGAAGAUGUAUCAGGUGAUAAAUCAAAGGAGUUAGAGUAAGAAGAUAAAGAAUUCUCUUAUUUAGGAACGUACGAGUAUAUGGAGAAUGUGGAAGUGAUGUUUAAUGUGUUUAUAAAAAGGCUAGAGAAAGCUUAGUAAUAAUGA